AUGUUUUAACCAAAAUAAUUGCAUUUACCUACAGUUCCUCAGACAUAAGAAAUUGAAUAUUCGAAAUAGUCCUUUGAAGACAGCGUCUUGAAAAUUUAGAAUGUUUCAUUGGCAACUAGGUUGGACUAUUUAAAAAAGACAAUUAAGGAACAAAAAUCUAUUAUUACAGAAUUAGUGGAAAGAGAUAUCAGACAUCAAAAGUUUUUUAGUUUUCUUGAAAUAACUUGGAGAGGGUUUUUAUAGAGAAGUCUGAGAAUUGAAAGUAUUGUAAAGAAAAAGGGACUUUUGGAGAACAAAUAUCUAAAUGCUUUUUAAUAUUUGGAUGAUAUCUUCAAUAGUCAAUACUUAAUGUGUAAUAAUAUAGAAGGACAAUUCAAAAAGUAAAUUAGCCAUAAGUUUGAGUAAUUUUUGAGAAUAAUAGAGAAUAUUUAUUUUGAGAUCUCUCUGGAAUACAGUGAAUUCAUGGAGAUGAUUAAGGAUAGAACAAAUUAAUUGUUAGAUUUAGAGGAGCAAGAUUAUAUGGAAUAUGUGAAAAAGCUAAUCAGCACAAAUAAAGAAUUGACCAAAAGGAAUCAGGAUAUGGAGUAAAAUUUGAAAUAGAUAUAAAAAAUAAAGGAAAGGAAAUUGAGCGAUCUAGAUGGUUAGAUAGGAUUCUAAACGAUAUAUUAGUUAUAAUCUUUGAUUGCUGAAAGCAAGAAACAAAACGAAACUUUGAGUAGAAGAUUGAGAAUAUUAAUGAAUUACAGUGACAAAUCAAUAAAUUAAAAAUUAAAUGAGGAGGAGGAAAAUUAUGAAUGUAUAUGCGGUGGAGUCUAGAUGAAGUAGAUAGGAUUUAAUAAUCAAUUGGAUUUUGUUAGAUAAUCGUAUGACAAUAGUGAAGACAGAUAAUUGUAAUUAACCAAAUUGGAUAGAAAAAAUUAAUAGCAAAAUAAUAUUACUUACUCAAUUUAACAGUUAUUGCUAAAAACCUUAAAGAGCAAACAGAUAAAGGUGACAGCUAUUGAGGAUGAUUAAUUGAAUGUCACAUUUACUCAACCUGAAAUUAAGGACUUGGAAUACAUAUUAAAUAACUAUUCAAUACUCUUAACUCAGAAUAAAAAAUACCAAUAAUAAGUGAUCUUAUAGCAAGUAAAGAUUAAGGAGUUGGAAAUUAGCAAUGAAUACAGAGAGGAUCAAUUUGUGGAAUCUGAAACUUUUAGUAUUUUACAGACAUAGAACAUGAAUCUUAUAGAUGUGAAUUCCUAAUUAACUUAACAAUUAUAGGCUUUGCAGACUUAGUAUUAAGAGUUAAUCAACUCAAAACAGUUUGACAUAAAUUAAUUGAAAAGUCUUUAUGAAGUUGAGAUAUAAAAAAUGGCAUCAGAAAAUUGUCAAUUAAGGAAAUUUUAACAUGAUUAACAAAUUGGAAUCAGGAAUAUACAUCAUGAAAGUGAGAGAUACAAUCAAAAUCUGAAUGAGAGAUACGAAUAAGCAUAGAAGAUUAUAGAUGCUUAAAGUGGGGAGAAUAAUGUAUUGAAGUCUGCCAAUAAGGAAUUGAGAACUACCUUGGAUGAGUUAACAAAAUAACACUAAGAGCUUUAAAAUAAAUACAAUGAAAUAGAAAUGAAAAAUGUUGGAUUGAUGGCUAGAAUUCCAGGUGAAUUGAAUAUUGAGUAACUGACACUGAGACAUAAUAAACAUAAGGAGUGUAUAUAAGAAGCACUGUAAAUAAUUAUUCGACAUUAACCAUAAUUUAAAGAGAAAUUUUAAGAGUUGGUAGGGUAUAUCAAGACAAGAGAUUAAAGAAUUGAAUAGUUUGAGAAGGAGAUAAGCAAAAAAGAUAAAUAAAUUCAAGAUCAAAAAAGGCAUUUGCAGAUGAUGAUGGAUGAAACUGAUUACAAUUCUAAAAUCUACGAAGAAGUUAUGGCUAAAUCUAAGAUGAUUGAAUAACAGUUAUCAAUUAAGGAGAAGAAUGAGGCUAUUUUAAUUUAAGAUAAAUAAGCAGAAAAAACUAAAUUUGAAAAUGAAAGAAUCUAAUUCAAAGAAAAAGAAAGGUUGUAGUAAGAGUAAAUCAAUUAAUUGCAAUAAUAAAGAGCAAAUUAGCAAUAACUAUUUCAAAAAUACACCCAAGAGAAGUUUUAAGUUAAUUAAAAUCAUGGAGAAUUAGUUAAACAAUUAGAAUUAUAUAAAUCACAAUAUGAAAAAUUAUUAUCUGAACAAAGUACAACUAAAAUUGAGAGAGAUUGUUAUGCUUAAAAAAUCUAAAAGUCUAAACUAAUUAACGAUGAAUCGUUGCUAGAAAUAGACAAAUUGAAACAAAAGAUAAUCGAAUUAGAAACAAAUAUAGAUGCGUAAUAGUCGUUACUCAAUAAUCCUGCCUAAUUAGAAUAAACUAAAGGCUAUCUAAUAUUGAAGAAGGAUGAUUCCAUUUUUGAAUAGGCUUAAUUACAAAAGGUUAAGACAACUGCUUGUUGUAGUGAAUGCAAAAUGCAACUUAAAGAAGUCAUCAUUUAAAAGUGUAUGCAUAUGCUUUGCAAAUCAUGUGGGGAAAUUGCUUAAUUAAAAGAAUCUUGUCCUAUUUGUAAGGUCAGUAUAAAUUUAGUGGAUAUUUGGGCAACUAAAGUCUAGGAAUGA